UGGUUGGUUGCCGAACCCCAUAGCAGACAUGCGCGAGGAUCAGUCAGUUUGACAUUUCGAAAUCGGACCGAAAAACAACAAUCCCGUUUUCCCUUUUUAUGUUGGUAGUUUGUUGAUGGACUUCAUUGUGAUCAGUUCAGGAUGCAACGAGAAGAAGCCAACAUCGCCAGAGAGUUCCCCCUUCACUAUCUAGUCUGGACCAAAAAUAUUGUCGCUUUACGUACUUCCCUUCAACCUGACAAUGUCAACUUUCAACACCUGGAACAGCUCGAUCCCCGAGGCCGGACUCCUCUUAUGUUGGCUGUGACUCUUGAAAAUCUAGACUGUGCAAUUUUACUCUUGGAGAAUGGAGCUAAUGUCAAUGUCGAGAACAAAGAGGGUUGGACAGUUGUCCAGGAAGCUGUCUCAACAGGCAAUCAUCAAAUCAUCAGUGCCGUUUUGCAGAAGAGAGAUCUCCAACGGCAUACAACCAGAAUGCUUGGGGUACCUGCACUACUUCAAAAACUAAAAGAGGCCCCUGAUUUUUACAUGGAAAUGAAAUGGGAAUUCACUAGUUGGGUUCCUCUCGUCUCAAGGAUGUGCCCCAGUGACACAUACAAAGUGUACAAGCAGGGCUCAAAUGUUCGAAUAGACACAACUUUGCUUGGGUUUGAUCAGAGCUCUUGGCAAAGAGGAAGUAAAAGCUACCUCUUCAAGUCCGAGGCCCCUCAACUUAUGUGGGGUAAACGGAGCUAUAUUUACAAAUUACGAAAUGGUGUCGACAAGGCCGUUCUUCUGGAAAUGGAUCACGAGGCCAAGGAAGUCUUCGUCGAGGAAUUACGAACCCUUCAAGAAGAUACGGUAACUCGUCAUCUGAUGACCCCGUCCAACGCAGCAGUCAUGGCUCGAGUCACGUCACCUAUUGUCCACACCUACGUCGACACUGAGAAAAUCUCGUUUGAGCGGAAUAAGAGCGGACUUUGGGGUUGGCGGUCAGACAAGACGGAAGUGGUCAACGGGCGCGAUUGUAAAGUUUUUAGUGCCAGUAACGUCGAAUUAGUCACGAAAACAAGGACGGAACAUCUCAGCCCUGAAGAUAAAUCGAAAGUCGCCGGUUCGGGCUUUUUGCUCAAUUCACUUUUGGCUGUUGGACAGCAUUUGGAAGAAUCAACUUCUUUACCGGAUGGAACUAAUCCGGAUAAAGUCACGAUGGAAGAAUAUUUCGAUGGUAGCGUUGACCUGGGCAAACGCGAUAUCGGCCGACCAAAAGAGAUGACCACUAAAGUCCAAAAAUUCAAGGCAACUUUAUGGCUUGCCGAAGAGUUCCCGUUAAGUCUAGUCGACCAGAUUAUGCCCAUCGUUGAUUUGAUGGCCAUUUCAAGCACGCACUUUGCCAAACUCAGAGAUUUCAUCCAGAUGCAGUUACCCGCUGGCUUUCCGACCAAAAUUGAAAUCCCUCUGUUCCACGUGAUGAAUGCGUGCAUAACGUUCGGUAAUACUUUCGGGCUUGACGAGGCUAUAAAUGGGGUUUCCGUCAUCCAGGAAGCCGAUAGGCUUUCCUGCGUCGUGGAUGACAGCUGCUUUGUUACCCCCGGUGAUUACACACUCUACGGCGUGGGAGGAGCCUCCGUUAAUUCGUCGUCCCGCCGACAGUUCUCCAUGGACGAAGAGGACGAGCUGUUGCAAUACGCCAUUCAGCAAAGUCUUUUAGAUGUUGGCUCCGAGGGUGAUGAGGUCGAUAUUUGGGAGGCGCUAAAGGCACAGAAACCCCCCAGUACCCCUCAAAUGUCUAGGGUGAACAGGUCUCCCUUGCCCCCUCGACCGUCAUCUUCGCUGGGAUUUUGCGUGUCGCCGGAAGAGGAGGAAUUGCAAAGAGCUAUCGAAGCCAGUUUAGGAUUUCCGGUCGAAUUUGGAUUGAACCCUGUGGAUGCUUCGUCGUCAGGCGGAAUCACGGCGGAGGCGCAGGAAGAGGCCAACCUUCUGGCCGAGGCCCUAGUUCUCUCAGCCCGGGAGACAGCGCUGGAAGAAGAGCGGCGUUCCAGGGAGGACAAUGAACUAUUGCAGCGAAUACUCGAGCUUUCGUUGCUGGAAAAAUAACUAAAAUUCUUCUUAUUAUUCUUCCUUUUUUUUUUUUUUAACUUUUGAAAAAAGUAUCAUCACACUUGCAAAUUAAUUGUCUUUUCAUUGUUUGGUCUGUAUGAGCUCAUCAGUUUCUGAAUCGUGUGGAGGUGAGAAAACGGUUGAAAACAAAACAAAAAAAAAUCCCAUUUUCUUUCAAGGAUCUCAUCUCCUUGUUGAACUCGGUAGUCUUUAUAUGCGUUCACGAGUGCGUUUUCUGAGAAAAGAGAGAUAAACUAUCUGCUGUUUAAAAUACCUGCCGGUCAUUGAU